CUGACGUGUCUGUGCUGCCUAACAAUAUGCCUGCAGGCUGCGGUGCGGCGGGCUCUAGAGUGAGGUUGCCAAGACAAGGCUGAGGUUGCCAAGACAAGAGUAGUCACACAGACCAUGAACCAACACUAUAGUCACUGAGGGGCAUGGGAGCUCUCCUGCAGACCCUGGGCUUGAGGUUCAGAUUGGGCAAACGCAGGGCAGACCCGUGACGUCACGAAAGUCGGGCGGAUCUUAGUAACUGUCAGAAGAAACCUGGAGACCGCGAGCAGAAAUGUAUGUUCUGCUGCCACUCGGCCUCCUGUGCUUGUGGCUUGUGGCUCCAUAUGCAGCAGCAAAGGAGAAUCGGUAUAAAGCAGGGGAUCCAGUGAUUCUUUAUGUAAAUAAGGUGGGACCAUAUCACAACCCACAAGAGACCUAUCACUACUAUCAGUUGCCGGUGUGUGCCCCCCAAGAAAUUGUUCAUAAGAGUCUGUCGCUGGGAGAGGUUCUGGAUGGAGAUCGCAUGGCAGAGUCUAUGUAUAAAAUAGAGUUCCGACGCAAUGUGGAGAGAGAAACAUUGUGUGAGCUGAAGUUGUCCGUGAAUCAGGUGGAGGAGCUGCGCCAGGCAAUUGAAGAGCUUUACUAUUUUGAAUUUGUGCUUGAUGACAUCCCAAUUCGGGGUUUUGUGGGCUACAUGGAAGAAAGUGGCUUCCUGCCUCACACUCAUAAAAUUGGUCUGUGGUCUCACUUGGAUUUUAACAUUGAGUAUAAUGAAGAUAGAAUUAUUUUUGCAAAUGUAAGUGUCCGAGAUGUGAAGCCAUUCAGCUUGGAUGAUGUGAGAGAGCCCCUCAGUUUAACACACACCUACAGCGUGCGCUGGUUUCCAACCUCCAUCUCGUAUGAAAAACGUGGAGACAAAUUGCGGGACUCAAGUUUUUUUCCUAAAAGCCUUGAAAUUCACUGGCUCUCAAUAAUUAAUUCUAUGGUUCUGGUUUUCCUACUUCUGGGCUUUGUGGUUAUCAUCCUGAUGCGUGUUCUGAAGAGUGACCUUGCAAGGUAUAACCUGGAUGAGGAGGGAGCAGAUGAUAUGGACCAAGGAGACAAUGGAUGGAAAAUAAUACACACCGAUGUAUUCCGUUUUCCCCCUUACAGAAGCUUCCUGUGUGCUAUAUUGGGUGUUGGCUCCCAGUUUCUAGCACUAGGGACAGGUAUCAUAGUCAUGGUUCUUUUGGGUCUUUUUAAUGUACACAGACAUGGUGCUAUCAAUUCUGCAGCAAUCCUUCUCUAUGCACUUACCUGCUGUGUGUCUGGUUACAUUUCAAGUAAUUUCUACAGGCAGAUGGGUGGAGAUCGCUGGGUUUGGAACAUCGUACUCACUACUAGUCUCUUCUCAGCUCCAUUUUUCCUGACUUGGAGUGUGGUAAACUCCGUGCACUGGGCCAAUGGUUCAACUCAAGCUCUUCCAGCAACCACCAUCCUGCUUCUCCUGACAGUAUGGCUACUAGUUGGGUUUCCACUCACUGUGAUUGGUGGCAUCUUUGGAAAAAACAGAGCAGGGAAUUUUGAGGCUCCAUGUCGAACCAAGAACAUUGCCCGGGAAAUCCCUUCCCAACCGUGGUACAAAUCUGCACCAGUACACAUGGCCAUUGGUGGCUUCCUUCCUUUCAGUGCAAUUUCAGUGGAGCUAUAUUAUAUAUUUGCUACUAUCUGGGGACGUGAACAAUACACUCUGUACGGGAUCCUGUUCAUUGUCUUUGCAAUAUUGCUCAGUGUUGGUGCCUGUAUCUCUGUGGCUUUGACAUAUUUCCAACUCUCAGGAGAAGAUUAUCGUUGGUGGUGGAGAUCAAUAAUGAGCACCGGCUCCACAGGAGCUUUUAUCUUUCUCUACUCUGUCUUCUACUACUGGAGACGCUCUAACAUGUCAGGGGUUGUUCAGAGUGUUGAAUUCUUUGGGUAUUCAUUCCUCACUGCGUACGUUUUCUUCCUCAUGCUUGGAACAGUGAGCUUCACUGCAUCACUUCGAUUUAUACGCUACAUAUAUGUCAACCUCAAGAUGGACUAAGAGCGAGUCGGACUCCAUCUUUAUAUUUUAUAUUCUAAAUAAAUAUAUUAAAAAAAAAAAUGGACUUGGGAAAUGAAAGGGGAAAGUGAAACAUAAAACUGGGGCUGGAAGAAAAAUCACUUUUGUUGAUCAAAGAGGGUUAUUGCACUGGAGUCAAGCAAAAAAGCAAUCCGUUUAAAAGGAAAGAAAACUGUAUCUGAGAGAGAGAAAAUUAAAGAAUAACACUAGGAUAACCAGAAGAUCGGGAGAUGUUCCAGAAACCAGUGGAUUGGGAGCAAAGAUCGAAAACCACAUCAAUCAAAACAGACUUUUUCCCCUAUGUGUUACACACACAAAAAAAGUAUAUUAUGAUGUUUACUGAAACCAAUGCAAGAUUGUAUCAGGUGGCAUGGUUUGCUUCAUCCUGUUCUCUGAUAGCUAUCUAGCUGUUCUUACUUCUCUGCCCCUCAGAUUGCUACUUGGGACAAUUUUAUUUACAUCUCUUAACUCUCGGAUUGCUUCCAUUGAGUCUCCCUGUCCAUUGUUUGGGCUCUCUGUGUUUCUGCAGGUUAUAUUCAUUGAUGUCCAGCAAACUUUCUGUACCUAAGAAAGAUGUUAGAAAAUCCUUUUUAUCAAAACUGCGUCUUGGUUACUAUCUGACCUGCAGUGCGUCUCAGAUGGUUUCCUGGACUUUUCCUGGCUAGUACCGUAAUUUCUGUCAGACAAUCUCCUGCACUCUCUCUGGACUUUCUGUACAGAUAUAUUUAUAUCUUUUGAUUUUCUUUUUACAAAAAUAAAUAAUUAAGAAAA